CCGAUAUUGCGUGCACUACGACAACCUCGACCGAGACGUGCUACAAAGGCAGUGUGAAAAAAGUGUAAAAAUAUAUUUCAUUUUAAUCUAAAAGAAAGCUAAACGAUUUCAAAAUAUUCGAUUAUAAGUCAUUUUAUCAGUAAGCGUUGAGAGACUGCACGAUGGUGAAUUUGACUGAAUUGGAGAAAAUUCUGAGCUUUACCAUGGUCAUCGAAAUGUGUUGGUGUUGGUAGGCUAACAAAAAAAAAAAAACAAAAAAAAACGAGUGGAAAAAAAAAAACAAAUUUAUGAAGGAAGUUGGCAAAUGUCAAAAUCAUUCUAAAUAAAUUGGGAGAGUAAUAAGUAAAAUGGACAAGUGUGUUUGAGGUCAACGGCAAUGACCGACAUCGAUGUCUCCGUAAUUAGAGAAUGCUUAAGUUACCAAAAGGCUUAAAAAAGAAAAAGAAGAAGUCGAAAAAGGAUAAAGAGCUCUUCACCGAAGAGGAACUCGAGCAGUAUAAACGUGAGUUACGAGCCAAACAGGAGGCAGCCGCUGCUAAAUCGGACGCUGGUGAAUCGGACGCAGCAUCAGACGUUGAGGGUUUAGCACCAACUGCUGCAUCCACUUCGACCUCUACACCGGCGCCAACAGAAGCUACAGAGAGUAGCGCGGCCACAAGUGGUAACGGCGCUGCAGCGCCAGCAGUAGCUGCAAAGAACGCCGCCGAGGACGAAGAGUGGGCCAAGUUUAAGGCUCUUACAUCGGGUGUUGAUUCUAUACUUCAUAAAACUCAGGACGAGUUAGAUCGCAUCAAAAAGGAAUCUUUCUAUCAACGCUUGCCAUCAGCAGCGGAGAAGAAGCGUCUCGAGGAAGAAGAAGCAGCUCGCCGUGAGGCGGAGCGUUUAGAGGAGGAGCGCCGUAAGGCUGCUGAAAUAGAAGCACAGCGCGACAAAUUAGCUGAAGCCGUUGUUGAGCUAUCAGAAUCUGAAGGUGAACAGGACGAAGAAGUCGAUGACAUCUUUGCUACCGACUAUAUAGAAGCAAUAACUAGAGGUGAAGUACAGUUAGCUGUUGUACCCGAGUCGCCGGUAUUAGAAUUUGACGACGGUCCGGAUCCUUUCGAUACUGCGUAUGCGGAAAAAGUGAUUGUCGGCGCCGAUAAAGCCAAGGGUAAUAAGAAACUUGUUAGUCUUGGUGCAGCAGUUGAAGUCCUUUCGGGACGUGUAGAUCGUGAGCACGCUCUUGCGCUUGCCAAACCAAAACGUAAGCUACGAAAGGGUAUACAAAAUUUGCUUCUAAGUGAAAGUAUCGAUCUUGCCGACCAAGAGGUUGAAAUAAGUGUAGCGGAACCGGAAAAGAAUUUACUCGAUGUGUUAGACGAUGAUGUGCCAGAGUCAGAUGCACCUAUUGAUUUGAGUGUUUCACUACAUUUGCAUUUGAUACAACACAAAAAACCAGAAGAAGAGGAGGAAGAAGGCGAAGCUGAUAGCGGUAUACCGGAUUUUUCGGAAUUCGAUGCACUUAAAGACGAUGAUGAUGAUGAGUUUGCUGAAUUAGCAGCUGAGUCCUUAACAAAGAAAGACGAAGUAAAAGUAAUCACUCAGAUACCACUUCCGCAGCCGGAAGUACUUUCGGAAGUUUUAGACGCUGAUUGGGCAGAAUUUGAACAAGUAGCCGAGGAACAAACUGGAAUUGUAGGAGAGGACGGCAAAGUUAAACCAGCACGCCCUCCUCCACCAGCUCGACCUGCCAGUGGUCCGCAUAUCAUAGCUGGUGCUAUUUAUGUGAGUGACGACGAAUACGAUAACGCUGACGACGACCCGUUUAACACUGCAUACGCUGAGCAAGUUAUAAAAAAGACUACCGUACUAGAGGAGGACGACGAUUUUGAUCCUCGUGCCGAGGAGAAAGCAGGACCGCCCGCCAAACCUCCACCACCAGCUGCGAGCUUACUAUCCCAACCAACACGAGAUCUUUUGGGUGGCAGUGCCACCGACUUAUCUAAGGUUGGUCCUGCCCCUAUAGUACCUACUCAAGAAGCCGAAGAAGACGCUGCUGACUUUGAUCCAUUCGACACCUCAGCUGUCAGUGCAAUCGUUCAGCCCAAGGCGACUGAGUUGAAGUUCUUAGAGCGAGAACUUCUGCCUGAAACUAAUCUCAAACACUCACUUAGUGAUCCCGACUUUGAUCCACGCGCAGAAGAGCCGACUCCAGCUGUAACAACUGCGAGAGCACCGGCGCCUACACGGCCGGCGCCACCUGUUCAAAUACAAAAUAAUAACAAGACUGUUGACUUUGACACUGCUCGUCGCAAGUCUUCCUUAAGUUUGAACAUUCAGUCGAAAAGCGUUGGCUUUUUAGUUCCCUCACAAGACUUACUCGGGGCUGCGAAUGACGGUCAAGGCAACAAGAAGCCAUUGACACCAUAUUACGCACCUAGUGGAGCCACAGAGAAAAUUUGUGAAAAUAAAGAGUCUGAAGACCCAUUCGACACAUCAUAUGUACCAGAAACAAAACCUUCUCAAGUUGAACUGAAACAUCUCGAACGUGAUUUAUUAGAAAAGAGUACACUUAAACAUAGUCUAUCCGAUCCCGAUUUCGAUCCACGUGCGCCACCCACGCCGGUGCCGGCAGAAGAGCUAUUGACUGUAAGAGAAAACAUAAAAGCAAAAGUAUUAACGCCAUCACAGGAGAGUAAAGAUAUACCGGACGAUAGUUGUGAGUAUAUAGAUCCUUUCGAUACAUCGAUUGCGUCCAACCUACAACCAGGCAGGGCAGAGCUAAAGCUUUUGGAAAGUGAACUUUUACCUGCCACAGUACCAGAAAUCACCACUGGUGUGCUUGAUACUCAGACAGACGCACAAGAGCUAGGUCUGGGCGACAAGGUGUUGACGCCUUCUGUUCCUGUGAAGCAAAUUACACUCCCCGAAGAAGUUGAUCCAUUCGAUACUUCAAUUGCAGAGAACUUAGCACCAGGCGCUACUGAAAUUAAGUUGUUAGAGAGCGAGCUAAUUGAGCGCUAA